AUGGAUGAGCCUCCACUAGAGGUUCCAGAUGAAUCCUUGAACCAUAAAAACACAGCCCAAACCUCAGAUAACCAGAAGACCAACACAGAAAGAGCAGGCCAGGCCCUUCCCAAAGGUUCUGAACAUGCUGGGAGUGGAUCAUCUGAGCCAACUGGUGAUAAGGUAUCCAGCCAGGCCGCUAAUGCUAAUAGACAGACUGACCGAAGAACUUCUGAAGAAGCAGAACAAAAAUCUUCUCAGCCAACUGAGCACCGAUUGCCUGGCCAUGCAGAGAGGAGAGCAUCUCAGCAGGCGGAGCGCAGACUAUCUGAGAGAAGAACUUCACAACAGCUUCCCAGCCUCUCAGAGGGGAAAGCCUCUGAGAAGAUAGAUGGUCAAGCAUCUUUGCCAUCUGGUAGGAAAGGUUCUGAGCAGACUCACCAAGAAAUUUUGGAGCAUGAUGACCUGACUUCAUCAGACGAUGCUGACCAUUUACCAGGAAAGAGUCAAGUGUACAACCAAGCUGGUUAUUGGGCUGAAGAAGGCUCGAGUGAUAAACACAGGCUUAGUGAAGAUAUAGAAAAGGAUUAUGCCCAAGUUAGCCGUACAACAGAAAAACAGGCUGGCUACCGCUCAUACUACAAAACGCUUGCCCACAUUGAGAGCAGAUCAUUAACUGAUAUCAAUGACAACAGAGAAGCUGACCAAAGAGUGCAGCCUUGCACAUUUGAAGAUAGUGAAACAGAGCUCGGAACCAAAGGUUCAACUACAGAGGAAACAGAAAGUGCAACCACUAUCCAACCCUACAACCCACACAAUAUCGAAUUAACUACCGACACCCAGUCCUCGACCGAAAAACUUCCCUCCAUCACAACCAAAGUGUACUAUUCCUCCAGUCCAGAAAAAAUUCAAACCACAGAAUACACUGCUGAUAUCUCUACAGAAUUUGAGCAAAGAAAGAGCUCUCAAAGGUCCAGUCAAAGCUAUAGACGGCGGUUCCCUCCAAUCGUUUUUGAUGACCCCUAUCAGGUUGCACUCCGCUACAUGGAGAAGCACAGCAUUCUUCAGAUAUUCCAGCAGAUCACUGAAAACCUAGUCUAUGAAAGGCCAGACGACCCGCUGCGUUUCAUGCUAAACCAGGUAUGA